AUUAAAUUAAAAAAAUUUCACUUUUGUAGUUUACAAAAGGUUUACGAAAGUUAAAAGAAUAGGAGAUAAAUAUUUUCUUGGAAUUUUUCAACCACUCAAUAUUAACCAAAUCUGGUUAAACCUAAUUGCGAUAUGAUCUAAACCUAAACAUCCGAAAAAUGAAAAUAAACCGGACAUAGUUACGGGUUAUUCACUUUUAAACCGAAAAGCUAUGGUAUUAUCUAAACUGAAAUGCGGCAGAAUAGAUAUGGUUUAAAUCUUUAAACCAAAGAAAGCAUGAACCGAAAUUAAUAAACCGAAAAACAACCAAACCAAACGAUAUUUUACGCUAAGUGUUUUUUUUUGUUGUUUUAAUUUUUCGUAAAAAAAUGUUGGAAACAAACAUUAGUAAGAAUUAAUGAGCAUUAAGUAAUGCCUAUUCGUCUCCGGCUAAAAAGAAUAGUCUCUCUGAUAAGAAUAGCACCAUCUCUUGCAAUCCUGAGAAUUGGAGCCUAAUCCUUCAUCACCAAGCAAGUCUCAAGAUCUGAUUGUGGAUUGGUUGACUUCUUCUCUAGAGGCUUCAAGAGUUCCAAAAAUGAGUCAGAAGGGUUUGAUAUACAGCUUUGUUGCGAAAGGCACCGUUGUUCUAGCGGAGCAUACUCCUUAUUCAGGAAACUUUAGCACCAUUGCUGUUCAAUGCCUGCAGAAGCUUCCCACGAAUAGCAGCAAAUAUACUUACUCUUGCGAUGGCCACACCUUCAACUUCCUUGUCGACAAUGGUUUUGUGUUUCUUGUGGUUGCUGAUGAGUCCACCGGAAGAAGUGUUCCUUUCGUGUUCCUUGAACGGGUCAAGGAAGACUUCAAGAAGCGGUAUGAGGCGAGUAUAAAGAAUGAUGAGCGCCACCCUCUUGCAGAUGAUGACGAAGAUGAUGAUUUGUUUGGAGAUCGGUUUAGCAUUGCAUACAAUCUUGACAGGGAGUUCGGGCCUAUACUUAAGGAGCAUAUGCAGUACUGUAUGAGCCAUCCAGAAGAGAUGAGCAAACUUUCGAAGUUGAAGGCCCAGAUAACUGAGGUCAAGGGAAUCAUGAUGGACAACAUUGAGAAGGUUCUGGACAGAGGAGAGAAGAUAGAACUUCUGGUUGACAAAACCGAGAACCUGCAGUUCCAAGCGGAUAGCUUCCAGAGACAAGGGAGGCAGCUAAGAAGGAAGAUGUGGAUACAGAGCCUGCAGAUGAAGCUGAUGGUGGGAGGUGCUGUUUUGUCCUUUAUUCUCAUCGUUUGGGUUGUUGCUUGUGGAGGUUUUAAAUGCUCCUCAUGAUGCUUUCUUUCGUUUGUUGUAUCUGUUUGAUCAUCACCUUGUUUACACACAUCAAACGCAGGCUCAUGUUUGUACAUGUUGGAACUUAUCAUAACAUAUCAUCAUCAUCAUCAUGUCCACAAGCUUAUCCAUAAUGCUAUAUAUACAAAAAAAAAUCUUUUCUUUUUGUUUUCAGCGAUUUCUUUUAUGUAGUUCUUCAAAAUUCGUGUUUUUAGAGCAUCUUUAACCC